CAUCUGUGCACUUGGGCGUUGGACACUGCAUCUUAUUAGCGAGCAGGGAGAUUUCUCCAUUUUCCUGUUGUACCUUUUUAGCACAGCUACAAAUCUUGGGGAUCCUAAUAUUUUUUAUAUAUAUAUAUCCAUCUAACUCUCAACGUUCCAUCCUAGAAGGACGGGAUAAAGAAGAGGGCAAUAUAUUUUCUCAAGCCAGCUUAAUUGGACAGCAAUGGGAGCCCAAUUCUCCAAGAGUCCAUCCAAAGGUGAAGCAGCCACCGCUGAGAAACCAGGGGAAGCAGUAGCAGCAUCUCCAUCCAAGACUAAUGGCCAGGAGAACGGUCAUGUGAAAGCUAAUGGAGAUGCAUCUCCUGCGGCAGCUGAGGCUGGGAAAGAGGAAGUACAGGCCAAUGGGAGUGCCCCUGCCGAGGAGACGCCAAAAGAAGAGGCUGCAGCAGCUGAGGCUGCACCAGAAAAGGAGGCCGCAGCAGCCUCUCCUGCCGAAGGGGAGAGUGCAGAACCAGCCACUCCUGCUGAGGGUGAAUCCUCUGCCAAAGCGGAGGAAGCAGGGUCCACAUCUACACCUUCCACCAGCAAUGAAACACCCAAGAAGAAAAAGAAGCGUUUUUCAUUCAAAAAGUCCUUCAAAUUGAGUGGUUUUUCUUUCAAAAAGAACAAAAAGGAGAGCAGUGAAGGAGGAGAAAGUGAGGGCGCAGCUGCAUCCACUGAAGCAGCAAAAGAAGGCGCUGCUGCUCCAGAGGCAGCAAGUGAAGAGGCCAAGCCUGCCCAAGAAGAGGCUCCUGCAGACAGCAGUACAGAGGAGAAAAAGGAGGAGGUUGCAGAAGCAUCUCCUGAACCCCAGGAGGCCAAAACAGAGGAGGCUACACCAGAGAAGCCCUCUGAGGAGGCAAAGCCUACUGAAGAGCAGAAAACUGAGGAAAAAACAGCAGAAGAAGCCCCAGUCCCUAGUGCUGCUCCAGAAGCCCAUUCCACUGAACCAGAGGCACCCAAAGCUGAAGAACCAGCAGCUCCUACACAGGAAGCUACAUCCGAAUCCAGUCCAGCAGCUGAGUCAGCAGAGUAAAAGGCAGUUUUGAGAUAAUCAAAGAACUUUUUUCUCCCCUUGUUUGUUUGUUGGAGUGGUGCCAGGUACUGGUUUUGGAGAACUUUUCUACAACCAGGGAUUGAUUUAAAAAGAUUUUGUUCCACUUUUUUUUUUCUCUCCCCUCCUUACAGAUCCCAUCUCAAAUCAUUCUGUUAUCACCAUUCCAACAGGCCGAGUAAAGGUUAAAUCAGUCACCGGCCUCAUUCCUUUCUCGCAUCAGUAUUAAUGUUUUUUGCGUACUUUGCAUCUUUUAUUGAAAAUGUAUAAUUUUUUUUUUCUUUUUUUUUUUUCCUUCACUUAAUGGACUUGCCCAUACAUGAAGGAGAUGGGCGAGUUAACAAGGGGCUUAUCAAAUGAAGUGAUGAGGGGGGCCACACUGGUGUCUAGGUGGUACAUACAUUGCCAAGAGAUUGUGCCACACAGAAUGGGGGUAGGGUUCUGUUUUUCCUUUUUAGGUUAUGUUUGUGUGUGUUUUUUUUUUUUUUUUUCAAGAGAAAGUAAUUUUGUAUUUUCUUUAUAUUGAGGGCAACCUUCUUUAAGGUUUACAACACUAAAGGUCUUUUUACUAAGACAGCAAGCAAAAUAAAACAAAAAAUAAAUACCCAGAUCAUAGUUUUAGUAAUUCAUUUAAACCAUAGGAACUUUUCACUUAUCUCAUGUUAGCUGUAACAGUCGGUGAUUAAGUAGAAAUAAGAGUUGUAUAGGCUUUAUUGUUUAUUGCUGGUUUAUGACCUUAAUAAAACGUAAUUCUGUAUUACCAGCAGGGUGUUUUUAACUGUGACUAUUGUAUAAAAGGAAUCCUGAUCUCUGAAAGCACAUAAAGUUUGCAACUCCUUUCACCCUGCCCAUUUUUGUAAAACUGCAGUCAUAUUGGACCUUUUAAAACACAAAUUUUAAAUUCAACAAAGCUGUGAUAAGUGGAAUGGUUACUGUUUAUACUGUGGUAUGUUAAAAUAAAACUUUUUUUUUUUUCCUUUUUUUUGAUUAUGGCAGACAAUGCUUUCUUUUCCAGUUGUCUUUAAGAAUUAAGGAAAAAUCUCUCUUCAGAUGCAAUGGUUUUUGUGUAGCAUCUUGUCUUACAUGUUUUGUAAAUACUGGAGAAGCUUUGACCAAUUUGACUUAGAGAUGGAAUGUAACUUUGCUUACAAAAUUGCUAUUAAACUCUUGCUUAAGGUGUUCUAAUUUUCUGUGAGCACACUAAAAGCGAAAAAUAAAUGUGAAUAAAAUGUA